CCUCAACCCUCCUAUCAGUCUCACAACUCUGUGCCUAAACAUCUCCACCCGAUCCCUACCCCUCCGCUCCCCUCCCUCUCAAAUAGCUGCAUGUUUUUUUAGCGUCGAAAUUGUACUUCUAUAGACCUUCUCCGGAACCAUGGGAGACCAUCAACAAAACCAGCGGAUGUACCGGCCUCCUUACAGUCAUACUCCGGCUUCGCAGCGUGAUGCUGCUUUCUCAAAUAUUUUUGGCACUGCUCCGUCAGGCCGUUCUCAGACUAUGACAUCUCAAUCAGCUAUCUCGCCGUUAAGUGGGCGUUCACAAACAAUGUCCUCCCAGUCGGGAAUGUCCGGAUACAUCAGUUCAUCUCGUCAACAGCUGCAAGGAUAUCCACCUAAUCAGCAAGCUCCCCCUAAUGCUUAUCAUCAUCCGCAAUCCAACCCCAGUUCUAGAGGGCAAUACCAACCCCAGAAUUUACCUCAGCCUAUGCACCCUGAACGGAGACCAUAUGCCCAGCCAAUGCGUGUUCAACCCCCCGGAGCUCCCCCCCCUAACCCAAACAUGUCAAAGCCAGCUCCCCACAGGUAUUAUCCACCUCCGCCUGCUCUAAAUGCAGAUCCAUGUCGUUCCAGGUCCAUGGCAGCAACGUACUCACCUUCCGGUGGACCGUCGGGACCACAUUUCUCUCGUCCUGGAGCUGGACUGCCGGGACCUCAUAUGUCUAGAACUACGGCACAGGGAAGGAUCGUGCCGGAGAGGCAUGACGAGCGGACCAUGUCACUGACCACAUACCCUCAUGAUCGGGAUUUUUCUCAAACCGCGAGCGGGCGAGUUAUCCCUCACCGGCGAAAGGAUUCUCAGGAAAGCCAGUAUAGUCAAACCAGUCAGUAUCGACGACAACCAGAACAACAGCGGUUUAACACUAUGCCAACCAGGGAAAACAAUUACGUCUCUAAGCAACGGACACCGAGCUCUGCUAGUACCUCUUCGAGCAUUACGGCGUUUAGCCCUUCCGGACCACCAUCUAUUAAGUCAUCUCUCACGGAUUCUACAAUUGUGUCAAGGCCUUCAACAAAUAAUCCUGGGUCUCCGUCUGGAAAUGGCACCUCCAUUCCUGUGAAGCGUACACCGCUCGUAUAUCCUGCUCUGUUGUCCCGAGUCGCAGACGCCAUGCGAGAGCGCAUAAUUGUUGGAGAUCGUGUCAAGAACGAGCUUGCAUAUAAAUCGGCCUUCACUGGUGCAGAAGCUGUUGAUGUGAUUUCUUAUAUCAUUAAGACUAGUGAUCGAAGUCUUGCCUUGCUUCUAGGAAGGGCUCUGGACGCCCAAAAGUUCUUUCAUGAUGUCACCUACGACCAUCGAUUACGAGAUUCACAAAUGGAGGUGUACCAGUUCAAAGACGGUUUACUUGAUGAUGACAACGACGUCAACGGUGUCUUUACCCUCCUCACGGAGUGUUACUCACCCACCUGUACGCCCAAGCAGCUCUGUUACUCAAUCGCUUGUCCUCGUCGUCUCGAGCAACAGGCCAGACUGAACAUGCAGCCACGGCCUGGUUUGAAGCGAGAGGAAUCUCGGUCGAGUUUGCAUGGAGACGAUGACAAGGAACAGAAGUUGUGGAUCCAUACAGUGCCUAAGGAGGUUGCGGAGAGCGUAUCAGAGAAGGAGAAAAAGAGGCAGGAAGUUAUUUGUGAAGCUAUCUACACCGAGCGAGAUUUCGUGAAGGACUUGGAAUAUCUUCGAGACUUCUGGAUGAAACCAUUACGCUCGACAAAUCCUCAAAACCCCUCACCCAUCCCGGAACACCGCCGCGAAAGGUUUAUUCGCACAGUCUUCGGAAACGUUCUGGAAGUCCAUAGUGUCAAUUCUCGUCUUGCAGAGGCACUCACUCGAAGGCAGCAGCAGUCUCCGAUUGUCCACAACAUCGGAGAUAUCUUUCUCGAAUUUGUACCCCUAUUCGAGCCUUUUAUCAAGUAUGGUUCGAAUCAGUUGUAUGGAAAAUAUGAGUUUGAAAAGGAGAAGGCUGCUAAUCCCAAUUUCGCUCGCUUUGUGGAGGAGACGGAACGAAUGAAGGAAUCGCGGAAGUUGGAACUCAAUGGCUACCUCACCAAACCGACAACCCGCCUUGCCCGAUACCCAUUGCUACUGGAGGCGGUAAUGAAGCCGACAAGUGAUGACAACCCCGACAAGAAAGAUUUACCAAAGGCCACUGAGCUUAUUCGAGAGUUCCUCACGAGGGUAAAUAUCGAAUCUGGGAAGGCCGAGAACCACUUCAAUCUUAUGCAACUCAAUGAGCAAUUGAUCUUCCGACCCGGGGAACAUGUCGAUCUAAAACUAACUGAAGAGGGGAGGCAAUUGAUUUUUAAGGGAAGCCUUAAGAAAAGCGCAACACAGGAUGGUGGUGGAGAUAUUCAGGCUUUCUUGUUUGAUCAUUCAUUACUCUUGGUCCGAAUAAAGUCAGUCAACAAACGAGAAGAGUAUAGGGUGUACCGAAAGCCAAUCCCGCUUGAGUUGCUUGUCAUUGCUCAAAUGGAAGAAGUUCUACCCAGGGCAGGGAUUCCAAAACGCCCGUCUUCAAGUCUUAUCCCAGGGACUAAGGCUAUCAAGAAUAUCCCUAACGAUUUUAACUCAAAGGAAAAGGGCUACCCCAUCACCUUCCAACAUCUCGGAAAGCGUGGUUACACCGCUCCCCUAUUUGCCUCCUCAAUUGUUAGUCGAAGGAAGUGGAUCGAGCAUAUUGAGGCACAGCAAUCUGUGCUUCGAGAGCGUAGUAGCAUAUUUACUCGAACAAUACUCUGCGAUGACUUUUUCAAUGCAGGAAACCGAGUGAGCUGUCUUGUGCCCAUAGAUGGCGGCAGAAAGCUUGUUUAUGGCACUGACAGUGGCAUAUAUGUCUCUGAACGGAAACCAAAAGAGGGAGCAUCUGCGGUCCCGAAAAAGGUGAUUGAAGUCAAUAAGGUUGAUCAAAUUGACGUUCUGGAAGAAUUUUCAAUACUCUUAUUGCUUUCAGAGAAAACACUCAUGUCUGUUCCUGUUGAGGGCUUGGACCCCAGCGACACUACCCUUGCAAACAAGCGCCCCAAGAAGGUGGCAGGACAUACAAACUUCUUUAAAGCUGGUGUGUGUCUUGGAAGAGUGCUUGUGUGUUGUGUCAGGAGUUCAUCAUUGUCUUCAACGGUCAAGGUCUAUGAACCCAUGGAUACCCUAGCACGUGGCAAGGGGCGGCCGGCUUUUCGAGGACUCCUACGAGGUGGACAGGAUACACUGAAGGCAUUCAAGGCUUGUAUCCCUAUUUUCGAAUUCUACAUUCCCUCUGAGUCAACCUCAAUACACUUUUUGAAGUCCAAACUUUGUGUGGGAUGCUCCAAGGGGUUUGAGGUUGUAAGCCUGGAGACAUUGGAGGCCCAGUCGUUACUGGAUCCCGCAGAUACGUCACUAGAGCUAUUCCAAAGGAAGGAAAACGUCAAACCGAUAGCCAUCUAUCGAUUGAAUGGCGAAUUCUUGUUGAACUAUUCAGACUUUUCCUUCUUCGUUAACAGAAAUGGGUGGCGCGCGCGACCUGACUGGCAAAUUGCGUGGGAAGGGCAGCCAACUGCCUUCGCUUUCUCUUACCCUUACCUCCUUGCCUUUGAACCCAGCUUCAUCGAAAUUAGGAACGUGGAAACUGGCGGGCUAGUUCACAUAGUCACUGGAAAGAACAUUCGCCUCCUCCAUGAGUCUACUCGUGAGAUCUUAUAUGCUUGCGAAGAUGAGGGAAAUGGCGAUGAUGUUAUCGCAUCUCUGGAUUUCUGGUCCCGGCAAAAGAUCUAGAUGGCAGCCAAUGCGCAAUGUGGAAUUGGUGGACCAGGGAAGCGGCGAUGACACAACUUGUGGUUCUAUAAACUUCGAAGACGGAUAAUGGGUGACCUUUCCUUCAAUAAUUCAUCGGCCUUAAGAAUGUGUUCUUGUUUUUAGGCUUUGAUUUUGGGUAAUAAUAAGGUGGUAUUAAACCCAAGUAAUUAUGUCCGUGUUUUUCUUCUCUUUUGUACUCAACAGACUCGGAGGAAAGGAGCGAUGAGUUACGAUGGACAGGGCUCUCUUUUUCUAAGCAGUGAGGGGGGAGGCUGGGUGGUGGGGUGGAUAUUUCCUUCCCCUUUCCAAAUUUCAUUUUUUCUGUUCUGUUGGCGUUUAGCUCUGGACCAAGGCAUUCUCAAAUAGUUAUUUUUUGACUUCCCUCCUGUUUUAUUUUUUUAUCCUUUUUCUUGCCCUCUACAAAAUAUAUACCCUUUUUUGCCACAAUGUUUUUCCAAACAUG